GCGGCGGCGGCGGCAAGGGGAAAAAGAAGGGCAGGCAGCGAUCCCACGUUGGGGUGGACUCUGGAUUGCAAACGGAGCGCGGGAUCCGGUUUGGAGAGGGAGAUCGGAUGGCUUGGGAAGCUUAGGGUGAAUUCUGGCGGGCGAAGCGUUGGAGGAUCGCGUUGCAAGCGCGGCAAAAAGGGGGCAAAAAGACGCAAGCCGCCGCCCGCCCCCCUCCAAAACCACGCUGCCGCUGUGUAAAUUCGCUGGCGCCUUCCGCGCUGCUGCUGCUGCUUUAGUCUAGUCUCUGCUCGCGAUUUGAAACAAUAUUUAAGAAGAAAUUUUGAGGAAAUGGUGUGAAGGAGGGCAAAGCCCUUGGGAGGAUCGGCUUGGAUUCUUCAUGGUGAAGCAACCGGUGGGGUUGCUGUCUUGACAAAACAAACAACAACAACACAACACACCGGCACACUUCUGGGUUUUGCAUGCGUGGAUUUAUCCUCCUCAACACCACGUCCCACCUAAAUGGAAUUACAGAACUCGGCCACCCUGCCGGGGCAGUUGUCCCCGGGCUACACGGCUUCCGUGCCGUAUAAUUAUAAUCAAUUAGAAGGAAGAUUCAAGCAGCUGCAAGAUGAACGAGAGGCAGUCCAGAAAAAGACGUUCACUAAGUGGGUUAACUCUCACCUGGCACGUGUAUCCUGUAGAAUUACGGACUUAUAUACUGAUCUUCGUGAUGGACGGAUGCUUAUCAAACUGCUGGAAGUUCUUUCGGGCGAGAGACUUCCCAAGCCAACAAAGGGAAGAAUGCGCAUCCACUGCUUGGAGAAUGUUGACAAAGCCCUCCAGUUUCUGAAAGAACAGCGAGUGCAUCUUGAAAAUAUGGGAUCCCAUGAUAUCGUGGAUGGGAAUCACAGACUAACCCUUGGCCUUAUUUGGACAAUUAUAUUGAGAUUCCAGAUCCAGGAUAUCAGUGUUGAAACUGAAGACAACAAAGAGAAGAAGUCUGCUAAAGAUGCGCUCCUGCUCUGGUGCCAGAUGAAGACAGCAGGCUACCCCAACGUCAACAUUCACAACUUCACGACCAGCUGGAGGGACGGCAUGGCUUUCAACGCACUAAUCCAUAAACACAGGCCUGACCUAAUUGAUUUUGAUAAGCUGAAGAAAUCAAAUGCACACUACAAUCUGCAGAAUGCUUUUAAUCUGGCAGAGCAACACCUUGGCCUUACUAAAUUGCUGGAUCCAGAAGAUAUCAGUGUUGACCAUCCGGAUGAAAAGUCCAUUAUCACCUAUGUAGUGACAUAUUACCACUACUUUUCUAAGAUGAAAGCAUUAGCUGUUGAAGGAAAGCGUAUUGGAAAGGUGCUUGACAAUGCGAUUGAAACAGAGAAGAUGAUCGAGAAAUACGAGUCUCUGGCUUCUGACCUCCUUGAGUGGAUUGAGCAAACCAUUAUCAUUUUGAACAACCGCAAAUUUGCAAACUCGCUGAUUGGCGUACAGCAACAGCUACAGGCAUUCAACACCUACCGUACAGUGGAAAAACCACCCAAAUUCACAGAGAAAGGAAACCUGGAAGUGCUGCUCUUCACCAUUCAGAGCAAAAUGAGGGCCAACAAUCAGAAGGUGUACAUGCCCCGGGAAGGGAAACUCAUCUCAGAUAUUAACAAGGCCUGGGAAAGACUGGAAAAAGCUGAACAUGAAAGAGAACUGGCAUUGCGUAAUGAGCUCAUCCGACAGGAGAAACUGGAACAACUCGCCCGCAGAUUUGACCGCAAGGCAGCUAUGAGGGAGACGUGGCUGAGCGAAAACCAGCGUCUGGUUUCUCAGGACAACUUUGGGUUUGACCUCCCAGCGGUGGAGGCUGCCACGAAGAAACACGAAGCCAUUGAGACAGACAUUGCAGCCUAUGAAGAAAGGGUCCAGGCUGUGGUUGCUGUGGCCAAGGAGCUUGAAGCCGAGAAUUAUCAUGACAUCAAACGCAUCACUGCAAGGAAGGAUAAUGUGAUCCGCUUGUGGGAGUAUCUCCUGGAACUGCUGAGGGCCCGCAGGCAACGGCUGGAGAUGAACCUUGGUCUGCAGAAAAUAUUCCAGGAGAUGCUAUACAUCAUGGACUGGAUGGAUGAGAUGAAGGUGCUGCUGCUUUCUCAAGACUAUGGCAAACAUCUACUAGGCGUGGAAGACCUGUUGCAGAAGCAUGCACUUGUUGAGGCUGACAUUUCUAUUCAGGCUGAGAGAGUGAGAGGAGUCAAUGCAUCGGCUCAGAAAUUUGCCACAGAUGGAGAAGGUUACAAGCCCUGUGACCCACAAGUUAUCAGAGACCGUGUGGCUCAUAUGGAGUUCUGCUACAAGGAACUGUGUCAGUUAUCAGCUGAACGUCGGGCUCGCUUGGAAGAAUCCCGACGUUUGUGGAAGUUCUUCUGGGAGAUGGCUGAAGAAGAAGGAUGGAUAAGGGAAAAGGAGCAGAUCUUGUCAUCAGAUGAUUAUGGAAAGGACCUAACCAGCGUUGUCCGGCUUCUCAGCAAGCAUAAGGCAUUUGAAGAUGAGAUGAGCGGGCGAAGCAGCCACUUCCAGCAGGCUAUCAAGGAAGGGGAAGAUAUGAUUGCUGAGGAUCACUUUGGGUCUGAGAAGAUCAGAGAGAGGAUUAAGGACAUCCAAAAUCAAUGGGCUAACUUGGAACAGCUCUCUGCUUUCCGCAAGAAGCGACUGGAAGAAGCCUCUCUCCUUCACCAAUUCCAAGCCGACGCUGAUGAUAUAGACACAUGGAUGUUGGACAUCCUCAAAAUUGUCUCUAGCAGUGAUGUUGGCCAUGAUGAAUAUUCCACUCAGUCCUUGGUUAAGAAACACAAAGAUGUUGCUGAAGAAAUUGCAAGCUACAGGUCGAUCAUUGAUUCCCUGCACGAACAAGCCAGAGUCUUGCCGCAGGAACACGCGGAAUCGGCAGAUGUUCAGAGCAGAUUGUUGGGAAUAGAAGAAAGGUACAAGGAGGUUGCCGAACUCACACGGCUUCGUAAGCAAGCCCUGCAGGACACUUUGGCUCUGUACAAGAUGUUGAGUGAAGCAGAUGCUUGUGAACUGUGGAUUGAUGAGAAAGAACAGUGGCUGAACAACAUGGAAAUCCCAGAAAAGCUGGAAGACCUGGAAGUGAUCCAACACAGAUUUGAAAGCUUAGAACCAGAAAUGAAUAACCAGGCAUCACGCGUUGCUGUGGUUAACCAGAUUGCUAGGCAGCUGAUACACAAUGGUCAUCCCAAUGAAAAGGACAUCAAGGCACAGCAAGAUAAGCUCAAUACAAGGUGGAGCCAGUUCAGAGAACUAGUGGACAUAAAGAAGGAUGCUCUCAUCUCAGCUCUCAGUAUCCAGAACUACCACCUUGAGUGUAACGAAACCAAAUCUUGGAUCAGGGAGAAGACUAAAGUCAUUGAAUCUACUCAAGAGCUUGGCAAUGAUCUGGCUGGUGUUAUUGCUCUUCAGAGGAAGCUCACCGGAAUGGAACGAGAUUUGGUUGCUAUUGAGGCCAAGCUGAGCGACCUUCAGAAAGAGGCUGAGAAGUUAGAAUCAGAGCAUCCUGACCAAGCUCAGGCCAUACUCUCCAGGCUCGCUGAAAUCCAUGACGUUUGGGAAGAGAUGAAAACCACCUUGAAGAACCGCGAAGAGUCCCUCGGAGAGGCAAGCAAGCUGCAGCAGUUCCUGCGUGACUUAGAUGACUUCCAGUCUUGGCUAUCCCGAACCCAGACAGCCAUUGCCUCGGAAGACAUGCCAAACACACUGACAGAGGCCGAGAAGCUGCUUACGCAGCAUGAGAACAUUAAGAAUGAAAUCAACAAUUACGAGGAGGACUACCAGAAGAUGAGGGAUAUGGGGGAGAUGGUCACACAAGGGCAGACGGAUGCUCAGUACAUGUUCUUGCAUCAGCGCCUGCAGGCCUUGGACACUGGAUGGAACGAACUACACAAAAUGUGGGAAAACAGGCAGAACCUUCUCUCCCAAUCCCAUGCCUACCAGCUCUUCCUCAGAGACACCAAGCAAGCAGAAGCCUUCCUUAACAACCAGGAGUAUGUUUUGGCACAUACUGAAAUGCCCACUACUUUGGAAGGAGCAGAAGCUGCUAUCAAAAAACAGGAAGAUUUCAUGACCACCAUGGAUGCCAAUGAGGAGAAGAUCAAUGCUGUUGUGGAGACUGGAAGGAGAUUAGUCAGCGAUGGCAAUAUCAACUCAGACAAGAUCCAAGAGAAAGUGGAUUCCAUUGAUGACAGACAUAAGAAGAACCGUGAGGUGGCCAGUGAGCUUCUGAUGAGAUUAAAAGACAACAGAGAUCUUCAGAAACUUCUUCAGGAUUGCCAAGAGCUGUCCCUCUGGAUUAAUGAGAAGAUGCUUACAGCGCAGGAUAUGUCUUACGAUGAAGCGAGGAACCUGCACAGCAAGUGGCUGAAACACCAAGCCUUCAUGGCAGAGCUUGGUUCAAACAAAGAAUGGCUUGAAAAAAUUGAAAAGGAAGGGAUGCAACUUAUUGCUGAGAAACCUGAAACGGAAGCGAUCGUAAAAGAAAAAAUAACCCGACUGCAUCAGAUGUGGGAAGAGUUGGAAAGCACCACCCAGACCAAAGCCCAGCGGCUUUUUGAUGCCAACAAGGCAGAGCUCUUCACCCAGAGUUGUGCAGACUUGGAUAAGUGGCUGAAUGGCUUGGAGAGCCAGAUACAGUCAGAUGACUAUGGCAAGGACCUCACCAGCGUCAACAUUCUGCUGAAGAAACAACAGAUGCUUGAGAACCAAAUGGAUGUUCGUAAGAAGGAGAUUGAGGAGCUGCAGAGCCAGGCCCAAGCACUGAGCCAGGAAGGCAAGAGUACCGAUGAAGUUGACGGCAAACGCUUCAUUGUGGAGCAGAAGUUCUUAGAGCUGCUAGAACCCCUGAACAACAGGAAGGCCCACCUGUUGGCCUCCAAGGAAAUCCAUCAGUUCAACAGGGAUGUGGAAGACGAAAUUUUAUGGGUUGGAGAGAGAAUGCCCAUUGCCACAUCUACCGAUCAUGGUCACAACCUUCAGACCGUUCAGUUGCUAAUUAAGAAGAACCAGACACUUCAGAAAGAAAUCCAGGGACACCAGCCUCGUAUCGAUGACGUUUUCGAGAGGAGCCAAAAUAUCGUCACAGACAGCAGCCUUAACGCCGAAGCAAUCCAGCAGCGGCUCGCAGACUUGCGGCAGCUGUGGAACCUCCUGAUAGAGGAGACUGAGAAACGCCACAAGCGCCUUGAGGAGUCCCACAAAGCCCAGCAGUACUACUUCGAUGCUGCAGAGGCCGAAGCCUGGAUGAGCGAACAGGAGCUGUACAUGAUGUCCGAGGAGAAGGCUAAGGAUGAACAAAGUGCUGUUUCCAUGCUGAAGAAACAUCAGAUUUUGGAGCAGGCAGUGGAAGACUAUGCUGAGACUGUGCACCAGCUCUCCAAGACCAGCAGAACUUUGGUGGCAGACAAUCAUCCAGAAAGUGAGCGUAUCAGCAUGCGGCAGUCAAAGGUGGACAAGUUGUACGCUGGCCUGAAAGACCUCUCUGAGGAAAGACGGGGCAAGUUGGACGAGAGACACCGCCUGUUCCAGCUGAACCGCGAAGUGGAUGACUUGGAACAGUGGAUUGCAGAAAGGGAAGUGGUGGCCGGGUCUCACGAGCUGGGACAGGACUAUGAACACGUGACAAUGUUGCAAGAGCGGUUCCGUGAAUUUGCCCGAGACACCGGGAACAUCGGACAGGAGCGUGUUGACGCAGUCAAUCAUAUGGCUGACGAACUCAUCAAUUCAGGACAUUCUGAUGCCGCCACCAUCGCUGAAUGGAAGGACGGUCUCAACGAGGCCUGGGCUGACCUCUUGGAACUCAUUGACACAAGAACACAGAUCCUUGCAGCCUCGUACGAACUGCACAAAUUUUACCACGAUGCCAAGGAGAUCUUUGGGCGAAUACAGGACAAACACAAGAAACUGCCGGAGGAGCUUGGAAGGGAUCAAAACACAGUAGAAACGUUACAGAGGAUGCACACAACAUUUGAACAUGACAUCCAGGCCUUAGGAACACAGGUGAGACAACUGCAAGAAGAUGCAGCCCGCCUUCAGUCUGCCUAUGCAGGAGACAAAGCUGAUGACAUCCAGAAGCGCGAAAAUGAGGUUUUGGAUGCCUGGAAAGCCCUGCUUGAUGCCUGUGAAGGACGCAGGGUCAAGCUGGUAGACACUGGGGACAAAUUCCGUUUCUUUAGCAUGGUCCGUGAUCUCAUGCUUUGGAUGGAAGAUGUCAUUCGUCAGAUUGAAGCCCAAGAGAAACCAAGGGAUGUUUCCUCUGUAGAACUGCUGAUGAACAAUCACCAAGGGAUCAAAGCAGAAAUAGAUGCUCGUAAUGACAGCUUUACAACCUGCAUUGAGCUGGGCAAAUCAUUGCUGGCAAGGAAACACUAUGCGUCAGAAGAGAUCAAAGAAAAGCUAUUGCAAUUGACAGAGAAGAGAAAAGAGAUGAUAGACAAAUGGGAAGACAGAUGGGAGUGGUUGAGACUGAUUUUGGAAGUGCACCAAUUCUCGAGAGAUGCCAGCGUCGCCGAAGCCUGGCUGUUGGGGCAGGAGCCCUACUUGUCGAGUCGUGAGAUCGGGCAAAGUGUGGAUGAAGUAGAAAAACUGAUCAAGAGGCAUGAAGCAUUUGAAAAAUCUGCAGCCACCUGGGAUGAAAGAUUUGCAGCACUUGAAAGACUUACUACGUUGGAAUUGUUAGAAGUACGUCGGCAGCAAGAGGAGGAAGAGCGGAAGAGGCAGCCUCCUUCUCCAGAGCCAAGCCCCAAGACUGGAGAGGAGUCUCAGCAAUGGGAUGGUACAAAAGGAGAACAGGUCUCCCAGAAUGGUUUGCCACCAGACCAAGAAUCUCCCCGGAUGGGAGAAGCAAGAGAAGCUACUGAAAUGGUCAACGGAGCGGCAGACCAGCGGACAAGUUCUAAAGAGACAAGUCCGGUUCCUUCACCGACCGCAGAUCGCAAAGCGAAGACAGGCCUCCAGGCUCAGACUGCGGCCACCCUCCCAGCCAAAACACAAGAGACGCCCCCAGCUCAGAUGGAGGGCUUCUUGCAUCGUAAGCACGAGUGGGAAUCACACAACAAGAAGGCUUCAAACAGAUCUUGGCAUAACGUGUACUGCGUCAUCAACAACCAAGAGAUGGGCUUUUAUAAAGAUGCAAAAGCCGCUUCCUCGGGCAUUCCUUACCACAGUGAGAUCCCUGUGAGUCUGAAAGAAGCAGUAUGUGAAGUGGCGGUUGAAUACAAGAAGAAAAAGCAUGUGUUUAAGCUAAGGUUAACUGACGGCAAUGAGUACCUCUUCCAAGCCAAAGAUGAUGAGGAAAUGAACACAUGGAUCCAGGCCAUCACUCUGGCCAUCUCCUCGGACAAAGCCGAGUUUUCCACAAGCACACAGAGCACCCCAGCCACGAGCCGUGCCCAGACCCUGCCGGCCAGCGUGACAAUAACCAGCGAGUCCAGUCCUGGCAAGCGGGAGAAAGACAAGGAGAAAGACAAAGAGAAGAGAUUCAGCCUUUUCGGGAAAAAGAAGUGAACUUACCUGCUUACCUGUUCACGCUGCACUUCUCCAACCGUUCCAGUGGAAUUCCAGCAUGCAAGCUCAGAACCAAUACAUUACUCUCCGUGCCUAAUGUUCCUCAGUGUGAUUUAAUUUUUUUUUAUUUAUAGAGCAUUUUUUUAAAAAAUAAACAAAAAAAAGAUUCUAAAGUUACAAAAGUCUGAGGUGCAUUGGGCAGAUUCUGAGUAAGCUAGGACACCAGUUUCUUUCUUUCCCUUUUUCCUAAUUUCCCCCCUCCUUCUCUUUCUCUCUCUCUUUUUUUUAAAAAAAUGAAGUUAAUGUAGAUUAGAUCUUACUAUUUAAACUGUUCCUCAAUUUUUUGAGGCUGUCUUGGAAAAACAAAACCCCACUUCGUGUUAUUGGUAUGCAAGGCAGCAAUGCUUACAAAGUUAAUACGCCCAUCGGAGACAAAUAAACAUGCUUUUUUUUUCUCACUUCCAUCUGAGGUGGUUGCGCUGAGUCUUGACUACUUGAUUCUCCCCACUGCGAAUCUAGCCUGUAAUGAAAGGGUAGCGUAUUCUCUUUACCGUAAUAAAAGUGCAGCUCGGCAUUAACUUACAGACCAAAACCAUUUGUAUCCAAGCAUUUUAUUAUUAUUAUUAACACAAUUGUGAUGCUUACCCCCCCCAGCCCCACCCUGCAUCCAGCAACGACAGUUAAGAAUGUUGGUUUGGACAAGAAGGACUUAGCAUACUGAUAACGGUUUUAAAUAAUCUGUAAUUUCAAUUUUUUUUUUAUUUUGCUGAAAUACAUUAUAUUGUACGUUUCAGAUAAUUCUAGUAAAAAAAGUAUAAUAAAACUAGAUGUAUAAUUAAAAAAACCCUUUAAAAUCAUCAAUUAAGUGUAAAAGUGGAACUGAAGCAUUUACUGGAAAAAAAGUAACGUUGCUCCAAUGGUUAACUUGCUUGUCAGCUGCUGCACUGUGUUAUAAUUUUGCUACAUUACCUUUGCUCUUUGAUACAUAGUGUGCAUUUCUCUGUCACUGUAACUAUUGUAAUGAACAAUUUUCAUCUUACUGCACAAUCAAACAAAAAUACAUUUAAUAGGAAUGAAUUCUCAGUGACUGGGCCUGUAGUCAGCGUAGUACUGGAAACUGGCUUUCGGUUGUAUGGAACUGUACCUCUAGACUUUUACCCUAUCUGUUAAAUAUAUGCUAUGUCAUUAAAUGCUUUUAAAACUAA